AUGUCAUCAUCUUCAUCAUCCGAUUUGAUGGCUGUAGAGGAGGCUAAAUUUAUCGGUUCCGUCAUGGCGAAAACGGUUGCAUACUAUCAAAACCGACUAGGUGAAACAUCAUGUGCACGACCUAACCUAAAAAAGUCGUCGUUACGUAGAAAUUACGAAGCCGAACACGAUUGCCUUAUAGAAGAUUAUUUUGUAGAUGAUGUCGUCUACGCUAUAAAGUUUCGACGUCGGUUCCGGAUGAGGAAGGAACUAAUGUUACGUAUUGGCGAUUUGGAAGGUCGCUUUCCAUAUUUCCAAUGGAAAAUGGAUGCAAUGCAACGUUAUUUGCGCAAACCAACUAUCAACGAUAUCCACCAAUUUUAUAUGGUGCAUGAAGGCGAACAUGGAUUCCCUGGAAUGCUAGCUGGUGCAAACAAUGACAUCAAUGUGCUAGACCAGUCGCCGGUAUUCAACGAUAUCUACCUUGGAAAGUCACACGAUGUACCUUUUCAAGCAAAUAUGGUAGUAUAUAAGCGUGGAUACUAUCUUACUGACGGUAUAUAUCCUCCUUUGUCUGUUUUUGUGAAAUUGUUUACAUGUCCUAACGACCCGAAAAGGAAAAAGUUUAAAGAGGCGCAAGAGUCAGCUAGGAAGGAUGUGGAGCGAGCAUUUGGUGUACUUAAAAGACGUUGGCAAGUACUAACGGUCGGGGCAAGGUCAUAUGAGGUGAAAAGGUUACAACACGUAAUGUAUGCAUGUGUCAUAUUGCAUAAUAUGAUUCUUGAAGACGAAGGAAGAGCGAUAUGCCGAUACAACGAAAAUGAAGUUUUGCCAAAUGUCGAAGGAGUAGCCGUUGACGAGGAUUCUGAUAUGUUGGUCGAGAGUGAAGAUUCUGACGACGAGAGUGACGUUGUGGAGAGUAAUGCAGACGAUCAAGGCUAUGACGAAGACGAUGAUUUUGAAUGA